AUGGCUUCACCACAAGAUCUCAGCACUCCCCAGUGCCCCGCAGAACAACACGCCUGGCUCCUCAUCUAUCAGAAACGCCUAGGUUGGGGAACCCCUCUCGCGAAAGCUUUCAACAGACAGUUCCCAGAACGCGAGCACAAAAACAUCUUCAUUCACGCAAGCCGCGUACGUGAUGCUAAAGGCGACGUUCAGGCGCAGCUGCAGGAUCUAGCGGAACAGUUCCCAUGGUAUGAAAAGCCGCCAGAGGAGGGAGAACCGGGCUAUGCGCUCAUGAAGAAUUUGGAGAAGGAGCAGGAGGCAAGAGACAGGAAGGAGCAGAAGCAGAAGCGGCGGGAACGAGAGCAACAGCAACCGGGGAAAACCAAAUCAGGAAACAUACGUGUUCUUUUCAAUGAUGAAGAAAAGUCCGUCCUGAUCUACCAUGUCAGCUUCUGUCGCGAUCACCACGACUUGUUGAAAAGACUCAGUGAGCAUUUCGCUUGUGAGAAUUUUCCCCCUGGUGCCCCCCCCCCCCUCGCCGUUGUAGGCGCCGGCAGUUUCGUUCGUAGAGAAUCGAACAACUUCUUAUCACCACUAAUCAGCGUAGCGGCGCCGGUCAUGGCUACAGCUGGUAUCAAGCUCUCGAGUCAAACGAACUUCCACCCACACAAGUCUUCAGUACCUGUCCUCAGUAACCCAAAAAGGCCUGAUGAGGCGCGUGGGUGGCUAGCGGCCUAUUGCCUGCGCAUGGCUAAGGACGAUGAGCGGAUUAAAGGCUUCAACAAGCACCUUUCCCGUCGGGAAGACAACGACGUCAAGAACCGAGUAACCCGUAUCCGAAACGCCCACCCCGCUUUGCAAGAGAAGCUGGAUUGUCGGGCUAUGCCAUCAAUCUGGUGGGAAGGUCCGCCAAAGCGGGACGGCAAAAGAAGCGCAGUCGACUCCAGAGUGGCAAAGCCGGAUUCCGGGCAUGUCGGGUAUAUAACGGAGAAAGCGGAGAUCAAGCGCAACAACACUGGAAAGAACGGAGUGUAUCUUGAUGUCUAA